GAUGUCACUCGGAUUAGUUCAUGUCGAGGUAAAUAAAAGCAUAUAUGUAGAGCUAAAUCCUGUCCUCCUACUUGACUAGCCCCUCCCCCAUCAUUUAAUCUGUCCCGUGUCAGUCAUCAGUGCACGCCGGGACUCGAACAGCAACAUGGCGACUGAGUUCCACAAUUUACAGGAGUUGAGGCACAGUGCAUCCCUGGCCAACAAAGUCUUCAUCCAGAGGGACUACAGUGAGGGAACCACUUGCAGAUUCCAGACCAAGUUCCCUUCUGAGCUGGAGAGCAGGAUUGAGCGGACUUUAUUCGAGGACACUGUGAAGACGCUCAACAACUUCUACGCAGAAGCAGAAAAGAUCGGAGGGCAGUCUUACUUGGAAGGCUGUCUGGCCUGUGCCACAGCAUAUCUUAUCUUCCUCUGCAUGGAGACACGCUAUGAAAAGGUGUUGAAGAAAAUUUCCAAGUACAUUCAGGAGCAGAAUGAAAAGAUCUAUGCUCCGAGGGGUCUGCUCAUCACCGAUCCCAUAGAGAGGGGAAUGCGAGUUAUUGAGAUUUCCAUCUACGAAGACAGAGGCUCCAGCGGUUGCAGCUCGGGGAGCAGCUCUGUGUCCAGCAGCACAGCUCGAUGAUUGAGCACUUCUGGCAAAACAAUGUCCCUCUGAUCACUCAUCACCCUGGAGAACAACUUUUGGGUAUUUGAACCGUUCCUCCAUCGCUUCACAGAUCCACAAGAUGUUCCUGAAGAAAGAAAUUUCUCCUCAGCUGUACUACAUUAGUUACUAUA